AGUUAAUAAUUCAGUUAAGAGGCGCAAACGCCAGUGAAUAGAACGUAACGUGCGGAAGAUCGAAAGUGGUGCAAAAAGUAACGCUCAAAUGCAAAAAAUCAAAGAUUAACAAAGAAUAAAAGUUGCGGCGCGUCAAAUAUUUGCAUUUUACUGAGUGAUUUGUUUAUAUUAAAAAUUUAAAAGUGAUUAGAUAAUUUAAAAAAGAAAAACAAAAAUAAAUUGAUAAAAAAAUUUGUGCUGUAUAUAAAUUUUUCUCAGCAUGUCUGCCUGGUAUUCGGGAUAUGUUCCUAAUUGGGUUAAUCGAUUUUGGCAUCCUGAACCUCAACUAAAUCCAUAUCGCAGCAUACGUCCUGAAAAUUCUGGUUCCAAUGCUGUACUACGAGUCAUCAGUGUUGAUUUAUACCGUGAAGAAAAUCAUGAUGAGCAUCACACCGAUCACUUUUUUGCCGCCAAUGAUUCGCUCAUAGUUCGUCGCGGCGAACCUUUUAGAUUACGCUUAAAUUUCGAUCGUGCCUUUAGUCCUAGUCGUGAUGCCAUUAGUUUUAUCUUUACCGUGGCCGAUGAUAAAAAGCCCAAUCCUGGUCAUGGCACAUUAAUUGGUUUAGUGCCACGUGAUGGCAUUGAUUUUCUGGGAGAUCCUCUGGAAUGGGGUGCCGGUAUUGAGGAGCAUGAGGCAAACACUUUAACCGUUCUAAUAAAACCCGCUGCCACAUGCCCUGUAGCUGAGUGGAAAAUGGACAUAGAUACCAAGCUAAUGGGAGAUGGUUCCAAAUCCUUCUCGCUGCCAGUGCCCAUGUAUGUGUUGUUCAAUCCCUGGUGUCGCGAUGAUCAAGUCUAUAUGCCAGAUAGAGAGCAGCGCAAGGAAUAUGUUAUGCAUGAUACCACCCUCAUUUGGAGAGGUUCCUACAAUCGCUUGAGGCCCUCUGUAUGGAAAUUGGGGCAAUUUGAGAGACAUGUUUUGGAGUGCUCCAUAAAACUAUUGGGCACGGUGGGGCGCAUACCACCGGCUUAUAGAGGUGAUCCCAUCAGGGUUGCCAGAGCCCUGUCGGCAGCUGUUAAUUCAGUGGAUGAUGAUGGUGUGCUUAUGGGUAAUUGGACCGAGGAUUUCUCGGGCGGUAUAGCACCCACAAAAUGGAUUGGCUCUACUGAGAUUUUACAACAAUUCUACAAGACGCAAAAACCGGUCAAGUUUGCCCAGUGUUGGAACUUUGCAGGUGUCUUAACUACCGUAGCUCGCACCUUGGGCAUACCCUCAAGAAUAAUCACCUGUUAUUCAUCAGCCCAUGACACUCAGGCCUCCUUGACCGUGGACAUUUUUAUUGAUCAGAACAAUAAGAAAUUGGAUGCCGAGACCACAGAUUCCAUAUGGAAUUAUCAUGUAUGGAAUGAGGUAUGGAUGACCCGCCCUGACUUGGGAGUGGGUCAAAAUGGCAUUACCUAUGAUGGCUGGCAGGCAGUGGAUGCCACUCCCCAAGAAGCCUCCGAUAAUAUGUAUAGAUUGGGUCCCGCUCCCGUAGCUGCGGUAAAGAAUGGCGAAAUUUUGAGACCUUUUGACUGUGGCUUCGUCUAUGCCGAGGUAAAUGCUGACAAGGUCUAUUGGCGCUACAAUGGCCCAUUCCAGCCCAUAAAAUUACUGCGCAAAGACACUCUAGCCAUAGGACACUAUAUCAGCACCAAGGCUGUAUUGAAAUGGGAGCGUGAAGAUAUAACCGACAGCUACAAAUAUGCCGAAAAGAGUGAUGAGGAACGCAAUGUCACCUUAAAGGCUUUGAAACAAUCCCGCCAUGCCUUUAGCCGUUACUAUUUGAAUGAUACCUUCAACGAGGUAGAAUUUGAAAUGCAACUAAAGGAUGACAUCAAGGUAGGCGAGUCCUUUGCAAUUGUUCUGAGUGUUACCAACAAAUCGAAGGAGAAGACCUACACGGCAGUGGGACAACUUAAUUGUGAAUCGGCUUUAUACACUGGCAUCAGCAAUGAGGCUGUCAAAGCAAUGCCUUUUGAGAUUGUCCUGGAACCGGAAACCACUGAAUUUGUGCGUAUGCCAGUUGAGUUCGAGGAUUACUUUAAAAAACUUUCUGCCCAGGCCACUUUCAAUAUAUCCUGUGCCGCCAAGGUCAGAGACACCGAUUACGAAUACUAUGCCAUGGAUGAUUUUCGAGUGCGUAAACCUGACAUUAAAUUUAAAUUCCAAGGGGAUAUUGUAUCGCGACAGCCAGUGGAUGUAAUUGUUAGGCUAAGCAAUCCCUUGCCCAUACCAGUGAGAAAAGGCAUAUUCCACAUUGAGGGUCCGGGCAUUGAGAAACCAUUACGGUUUAAGAUUGCCGAAAUACCUGUGGGUGGCACAGCUGCCUCAACUUUCAAAUAUAUACCGCCCUACGCUGGACGCGGCACCUUAUUGGCCAAAUUUAGUUCCAAAGAGCUAGAUGAUGUUGAUGGCUAUGUGCAUUAUGAAAUCAAACCACGGCCCGAAGAUAUCCUUAUGAAUGGCCAUAGAAAUUCCCGCACUACCAUUGUCAGAACUGAUGUGAUACCCUAAAAUGGCAUCUUA